AUUGUGUUUAAUAACAAAAGUGUAGUGUACAAUAAAAAAUUAUUAAAAAAAAGGCAAAAUAUUUAAACAAGACAUUGCGUCUGCAAAAGCUCUGUCUCUCGCUCAGGAAGCUACUCGUUUGAAGCGCUUUCCUAGCCAUGAAGUUGCCGUUGUGUGACGCCUAGCGUGUCCAGCCAGCAGAAGUCCCGCACACACAUUCCCCUCAGGCCCACAAGGCAUUAUGUUCAGUCUGUUGAGCAGCUCCCAGAUCUAUGGCCUGCCGCAAACAACAACGAACCCAAUCACAUCCACGGAUGACAACAGCAGUGGCCAAAAUAAAAGCAACAGUCUGCCGCACAACAAAAGUCACAAGCAGCAGCAGCAGCAGCAACAACAACAGCAUCGACGUUCGACAAGCAGCCUUAGCGAUACAGCUGGCGGCAAGUUCUUUGCCAAUCUGAGCGCCAAGUCGCCCAGUCAGUUCAUCGAGCGGUUCAUCAAAAGCGAACUACUGAGCGGCUACGACACGCUCAAGUGUCAGAACGGCGGCGUUAGCAGCAGCAAGUCUCCCUCCUGUGGCGAUAAGGACAAGCCCAGCGCGGACAGCAGCAGUCCCUUGUAUAGCAAUCUACAAACGGAUUGGGGCAGCUUUAGCUGUCUGCAAGGCAGUUAUCGCAGUCACGGCGACAGCGAGUUCUAUGAGGCCGUUCAGGUCAAAUCAAACACUUCCUCCAACAGCAACGAUACCAAUAUGCGCUCCAAGACUGUAACCGAAGCGGCCACGCUGCAGCAUUACCAAAAGCUGCCCGAGCCCACCUUGGAGACGAACUUCAAUACACAAGCAGCGGGUCACACGCCCGCCUACAAGAAGCUUGGAUUUGCCGCACGACUCCAAAAGCAAAGUGCAGAGCAUCACUCGGACAAUUCACAGUCAUCCAGAAAUGCGCGCAGUAGCCGCAGCAGCAGCAGCAGCGAAGUGCAGCGCAGCAGCUCCGGCUCCAGUUCGACAGGCGCGCCGGCAGCGACGACAGCAGCAACCACACCAGAGCGUCUGCAACGUCGACGUCUGCUGCAAAUGAUCUCCAACUAUGAUCAGCAGAACAAGCAGCUGCAUCGUGACUUGGCCAAAGAGAAGCGCCGCCGCACCGAGGAGCUGGCCUGUGUGGUCAAGUCGCUGCUCUGCUUCGAGUCCAAGCUGAAGAACGACAUGAAGACGGUGAACCAGCGUCUGCUGGAGCGUGAUGCGGAAAUCUGUCGCCUGCUGCGCCAGAAUCGUGCGCUGCGCAAACGCGCGAUGGAUCAGCAGCGGGAUGAGGGCAUGGUGGCCGACCAGGAGACCACUGCCGCCGACGACGAGCAGCGUCUAGACGAGUGCCUAGUGCUCGAGGCUUUGCAAUGCAACAAUUGCCGCAAGCAAUUCUAUGACAUUGAGCUGAGAGCCAGCGCCACCCAGACUUGUGGCAAGGAGUUGGGCGUCAGCGCCAAAGCUGAGCACGGCUCCUCCAGCGAUGACACUGUCUCAUCGUCGUUCUAUGGCGCCCGGCGCAGUGUGCGCUACACGAGCAAGCGCACGGCGGGCACGUUCCGGGAUUACAUGCGCUCGCGUGCGAUGCACAUUGAUGAUGCCGCGCUGGAGCAGCAGAGCGAGGAGAACACCAGCAGCAUAAGCCGCGAGGAUUCGCAGACAAGCUACGAGCAGCUGCAUAACUAUUCGCGCGCUAUGGAACGCAUGCAUGGCGUCAAGGCGACGCUGCAGGAUGGCGACUACUCGGAGCACAGCAGUCUGGAGCUAGAGCAGCAGCAGCGUCGACGCAAUAGCAGCGCCUCCAGUCGCAGCAGCAGCAACAAGACGGCCUCGUCGGUGGCUGCGCAGCUGGAGGAGGAUGAUGGCAUCUUUUCGCCCACACAGGAUGAUGAGGACUUCGAUGAGCUAGAUCCAGAGCAGGAGCAGCAGCUAAUGGCGCAGGGUGCUAUUAAAAUUGUGCAGCGACGCUGCGCCGACUUCUCAGAGGCGUCGCCCAAGCAAAUCUAUGAAACCACCACAGAUGAUUGGUAUGCCAGCGCCUCGGAUCAGGAGGAGCUAAGCACGGUGCCAGUGAGCGUCAAGCCUUAUGGACAGGGCGCUGUCAAUCCCGUGCUGGAGUGCGUCAAUCAAAUACUGCUGCAGCAGUCCAUGGAGGAAACUAUGCGCGAGCAUGCCAACAGCAGUAGUCCCAACACAAGCAUCACGCCCACGCCCAAGUCAGCGCUGGCACUCAAGUCGCAGAGCAGCAGCAGUCUGCCGCGACGCAGCUCACUCAGCGGACGCAGUGGCUCCAAUGCGCGCAAACGCGUGCACUUCUCCACCAAGAACAGCAUGGUGCAUGUGCCGCGUCACGACGAUGAGGAAGCACACAGCGAGCAACUGAUCUCACACUAUCAUCCCAUGGCAGCGGCGGAGGCAGCCAAUGUUGCCAUUGCCGUCAGCGGGGAUUUGCUCAACUAUGAAAGCAUCUACAGCAAUGAGUACGAGCCCAUUGGCUCGGAGCGUGCAUCCAAUUUGUAUGUGGAUAUGGCUGCAGCUGCAAUUGGCGCUGGCAGCGAUGCCAACAGCAAAACGUUGCACAAGCUGCCGCCAGCACUGCCUCCCAAGCCUGCAAAUCUGCUUAAGUUUCGCAAGUCGCUGCAGCAGCUGGAGGAGCAGCUCAAUGAGGAUGAGGGCGACUGCGCUGUGUCCACAACGACAACCAGCGAGCCAGACUACUGCUCAAUAGCUGAAGUGGGCGGCACCAGCGUUCAGAUUGUCGCCGAUGUACACAAGGCGCCGGAGUCGAGCACGCCCACGGAGCAGGAGCAUGCUGCUGAGUCGCAGGAUGACGACGAUGACGAUGCCUGCUCGGCAGCCGCCUCGCACAAGACUGAAGAAAUCGAAGAGAUUUUCGCCGACAUACCAAAGUUACCCAAUGUGGCGGCCAUCAUAGCGCCCAAGCAGUCCGCCGACUAUAUGCUGAUGGCGCCCAAGACGCUGCGCCUCCAGCUGCCCAGCAACACACACUCCAUGCCGUCGCAGUACAAGCGCAAGCAUGUGCCCAACAUUCUAGCCGAGAUUAACAAGCGCAUGAGCUUGCCCAGCUCACCCACUACGCCCACAACGCCCAAGAGCUUGCCCAGCACACCCAACUCCAACAGCAUAUCCAAGUCGCUGCUGCAGCUGUCAGACGCACUGCCGCUGCAGGCCGAGUUCGAUUGGUAUAAUCUGGAUGCGGAGUUCGACAAAGGCAGCCAGGAGCCGGGCAAGAGCUCACAAGGCGACUGCAUGCUGGCAGAGAUUAGCGAGGGCAACGAAUGCUUGGUUACCGCCGCCGACGAGUAUAACUUGGACGAAGAGUUUCAGCAGGAGGAUGAGCACGACCAAGAGCUCGGAGCCAGCACGGAGCCCGUCAAAAUCAAGCAGAUGCAAAAGAAUCUGGCCAGCUUUGAGAAAUUCAUCGAAGGCUCCGGACUCAGCACCAAGCCCUUGCCAAGCAAGCGUAAGAUUUACUUCGAUGCGCCCUUCGUUUAGUUCACAACAGAUCCUUAGUUACACCUACUAUGCUUACAUCUAGCUACAUACAUAUAUAUCCAACCAAUACGCCUGUAUAACGAAUUUAAAUUUAAAUUGUGCGUAAAUGUGUUUUUAUGUGUUCCGUACUUUUUGUUUAGUUCUUAAG